AUGUCCCUCGCCAUCGACCUCGCCUUUCACUCCAUCACCUCCCAGUCGCCGUCGCUCACCGUCUUCGCUCCGGCCGACGCCGCCUUCUCCAACUCCGGCCACCCCAGUCUCAACCUCCUCCGCUACCACCACCUCCCCAUCGCUUUCCCUCUCCGAUCACUCAAGUCCCUCUCGUUCGGUGCCAAGAUCGCCACUCUGCUCGACAGCCACUCUCUCACCGUCACCACUCUGCCGUCCGAGGACUGCCUCGUCUCGCUCAACAACGUCACCGUCACGGUGUCCCCAAUUUUCGACGACGGGUCGUUGAUCAUCUUCGGAACCAACAAAUUCUUAGACCCGUAUUUCCAGAUCUCGGGUCCAAUUCGGAGCUAUAGCCUCAAGAAUCUCUGA